ACGAUGUGAUUAAGAUUAACUUUUAUAUAUCAUGUGAUUGCGAUAUGAGUAAAGUACGACAUACUUCGAACUUUCACUUUGAGUUUGCUUAGAGAAGGAGGACAAAUGAGUGGGGAGAAACAAGCAAGGUAAAGGCAAUAAAGUGUGUAAUUACCUCAGGUUAAAAUUGUUACAUAUUAAGUUAAACGAGAGAAGCUCCAACUAAAUAUAAUGGCGAGACAUACGAUGAUGACUAAAAUUAUAUUAUUAAUGAUCGUUACUGUACUUCUCGGACUAAUUGCCGAAAAUAAGGCCACGAUAGCGCAACCAAAGGCACCGAAUUUCCAAUAUUUUGAACGGCCAAAAUAUCGUUAUCCGUAUUAUGAUGAGAACGGAAAAGGUAAACUUUUAUACGGCUAUGGAGGUUCUGAUUUGUAUGAAUAUCGAACGUACACUAUUCUCGAAGGUAUACAUUAAUUCUAACAGAAUAAUUAUUUUUUAACAGUGCUCCAUGUCAAUGCAUAUAAUGUGUAUAAGUUAAAGUUCUAUAUUUGCGUUAUACUGUUUCUUUCUCAGAAAUUCUUUUCUAAUUAAAGCAUUAUCAUUAAGCAUAUAAUAACAACAAUGAAUAUUUAUACGAAUUGAUUGACUAUCAUGUAAAUAGAGGUAUAUUUGUACACGAUUAAGCUUGCAACAAUGAGAAAGAAUUUUUUUAUUUUUUUCUAUUUAUUUCUGUAAUCUUUAUUGCUUAGCAUCAAAGAAAACAACGUCUAAAUAGAUCGAAUAUUUUUCAUUUUUGAUUAAUCUAUUGUAAUACGAUAAAAACUUUUUCCCGUUGUUGCAAGAAUGCUGCAUUGUUCACUAUGGAAUCAAGGAACAUUACCAGAUCAUUUAUUUUCCACCUAUAAUUAUCUAUAUUCUUAAAUAUAAUAAUAAAUGUAUAAAUUUGUAAAUGUG